AUGAUAGGAAUGUAUGAAAUUAUUGAAGUUAGUUUUAUGGUUUCAGGGCACAUAAAAUUUUUACCAGAUGGAUAUUUUGGUAAUAUUAAAGCUCUUUUUCAAAAAACGCGAGUUAAUACAGUAGAUGAUGUUGAAAAAUUAUAUUAUGAUUUUGAAUUAUUUUUAAAACCUCAUUUUCAAAAUUUACCUGGUAUUCAAAAAUAUCAACAUUUUUGGUUUAAAAGAAGUAAACCAGGAAAAAUAUUUACUCAAAAAGAGGCGAAAGGAGAAUUUCAAUGUUUUGAUAUUUUAAAAAACAAACAUUUCAAUAUUUGGGCUCCAAUAGCUAUAUUUUCUUCUAAACCUUUAUUAUUAGCACGUCAAAAAUAUUUGUAUAAAAAUAUUUGA